CAUCUGAAGAGACUCGUUAAAGCAAACACACACACAACUGGCAAAUUAAAAAAAAAGGCAAAAAGCAAUAAAGCAAACAAACAUAAGUGAAAAUGUAAACAAAGUGCUACUGCUAGCUAUGGAAAAUAAGCCUAAAGAAACAGUAGCACAUAGACGCAUGUAAAGAACUACUAGCAACAAAUGGAUACAAUUAAAGUGGCUGAAUUUUUAAACAUUUCAGAAUUUAAAAGUGAUGUAAAAUAUUUAAACUACUGCAACUCUGUUUUACAGUAAUGAGAUUUACAAAAGUUAUAACUGUAUCAUGUCUAACUUCAUUAUCAUUUAAAAACAAUUUUACUGAAGUUCUGUUCAUUCAAUUUAGGUUCUUAUUACUCUGACGAGAAAAGGAAAUACUGGCCAAAGUCAGAAAAGACUCUUUUUACACAAAGAUGAGAAGGAGGAUUCAUUAGAAAAAGUUAUAAAAGAAAUCAUAUAUUUAAAAACCCCUUUUCCUUUAUUUAUAAUACCCUAGAUUGUUACAAUUGGAAGAAUUUUAAAAAUAUAAAAUACCUGUUCCGCCAUUUAUGCUGGUUGUGUAUCUUCAGCAAUUCACUCAACAUAAAAUUAAAACUAAAGCAGGCAGUUUAACUUCUGGUUCUCAUGCCCUAAAGCCCUGCUCCUGUGAUGAACUGUGAGCUGGUGGACCCAUGUGUUCAGUAGAGUCCCAUUGAUGGCCUAAAAUUGUUUGUGACCUGAUUAUCUGAAAGAUUGCCUCUCUCUCCACAAGACAUAGUGGGAGAGUUGAGAUCAGCAGGCAGGCUCCAGCUAGAACCUCACUGAAAUCUUACUUUCUCAUUAGGUCCACCAGAGUCUGGAUUUGUUAAUCUUCCAGAUGUGCUGCAAAACAAAUCCUUUAUUCUUUCUUUUUUGCAAGCUAUUGUGGAGGAAGGAGGCUGAAGAUUGGGGUGGUUGCAAGGAUAACAGAAUCUUGAUUUUUUAUGAACACCAGUCUUACCAUCAAUCACAUAAACCAUUUUUCACAAUGAAAGAAAAAUAACAUAAGGUGAUGGCAAUGAAGAACAACUGGACAUCCCUUCACAUUUUGAUGCAUUGAACGUCACAUUGCAUCAUUUUGAAAGACAAGACAGCAAUGAAGUGCACCCUACCGCAAUACAUGCCCCAUUCCUUUAGUAAUUUUGAGGUCAGUAUCACGAACUUUUUCUUUUUAGGAACUCCUCAAUCCUGCAUUAUUUGUUCAUAAAAUAGGGGUUCUACUGUCUGGCGGGUAUAGAUGUGACAGCAGGCGGUGUUUGUGGUAUUACAUUCGUUUGUGUAGCGUAGCUGAAGAAAGAGAGGCCCGGCGUGUAGGAUGGGAACUGUAUUUUGUUAUUUCGUAUAUUGAUGAAACAAAUGAAUCAAUAGGCAAACGCAGGCGCCGCAAGGGCGUAAGACCCGAACGCUUGUCCCGCUGUCAAUGGCUGGAAAUGCGCCUGUCGCUGCCGGGUUUGGCGAGCCGGGGCGGGCCCGGCAUCCCCGCCCCAUCCUAGUGCCGAGGACGCCUGUCCCCUCCGCCCGCAGCGGUCCCCGCGCCGCCGCCCGGCCGGACACCAGGGGGCAGGCGGCGAAGGGAAGCGGCCCAUCGAUGGGGGCGGCUGCUCUGCGUUCGGCUCCUCGGCCCUGCCUCUCGGCUCUGGAUUAGCUAGCGAAACUGGUUACGUGGGACAGUCCCCAGCCCGGCCCCCCUGCUCCCCCCGCUGGGGUGAAGCGGGGUCUCGGAGGCGCCGCGCACAGCGCAGGGAGCCGCAGCCGCGCUGCAAGGCUCCGCGGGCGGCUUCCAGCUGGGCACCGAGCGGGGGGCAGACGCCGCUGUGAGCGAAGCCCGGGCGCCCCGCAGCCGCCCGCCCCCACCGCCGGGGGGAGCAGCGAGAGCAGGGGCAGCAGCAGCGGGCGGCCCCGGGCGGGAGGAGGAGGCGGCGCCGCCGCCGCCGCAGGCAGCACGGGGAAGCGGCCGGGCUGCCCGGGAGGGCAGGGCUGGGUCCGGCCCCUGCCCGGCGGGGCCAUGGCGCUGCGGGCCCGGGCGCUCUAUGACUUCAGGUCGGAGAACCCGGGGGAGAUCUCGCUGCGGGAGCACGAGGUGCUGAGUCUCUGCAGCGAGCAGGACAUCGAGGGCUGGCUCGAGGGGGUCAACAGCCACGGCGACCGCGGCCUCUUCCCGGCCUCUUACGUGCAGGUGAUCCGGGCUCCGGCUGCGGAGCCGCCUGCCCCUGCCGGCGGGGCCCGCUACGCCAACCUGCCCCCCGGCGGCUUCGAGCCCCUGGUGCCCCCGGCUGCCUUCAAGCCCCCUGUCCAGCAGCUCCCCCCUCCGGCGGCGGCCGAGCCCUUCCCGCUGCCGCCCGCGCCCUACAGCGGCUCCUACCAGCCCAGCCAGGGCAGCGACGACGACUGGGACGAUGACUGGGACGACACCUCCACGGUGGCGGACGAGCCGGGUGUGCUGGGCAGCUCCUACCCGGACUACGAUGCGGCGGGGGGCGGCGGCCACACCUCGGCCCGGUACCGCCUCUCCACCCGCUCGGACCUCUCGCUGGGCUCCCGCAACAGCCAGCAGCCCGGUCACCCCCACCACCACCCCGGCGGCGGGGCCAAGAGCUCCGCCACCGUGAGCCGCAACCUCAACCGCUUCUCCACCUUCGUGAAGUCGGGCGGGGAGGCGUUCGUGCUGGGCGAGGCCUCUGGCUUUGUGAAGGAUGGGGACAAGCUGUGCGUGGUGCUGGGCCCCUGGGGGCCCGAGUGGCAGGAGAACCCCUACCCUUUCCAGUGCUCCAUUGAGGACCCCACCAAGCAGACCAAGUUCAAGGGCAUGAAGAGCUACAUUGCCUACAAGCUGGUACCCAGCAACACCGGGCAGCAGGUGCACCGCCGCUACAAGCACUUUGACUGGCUCUAUGGGCGCUUGGCAGAGAAGUUCCCUGUUAUCUCUGUGCCCCACUUGCCUGAGAAGCAGGCCACGGGCCGCUUCGAGGAGGAUUUUAUCUCCAAGCGUCGCAAGGGCCUGGCUUGGUGGAUGGACCACAUGUGCAGCCACCCAGUGCUGGCUCAGUGCGAUGCCUUCCGACACUUCCUCACCUGCCCCAGCACCGAUGAGAAGGCCUGGAAGCAGGGCAAGCGCAAAGCCGAGAAGGACGAGAUGGUGGGCGCCAACUUUUUCCUGACCAUCAGCGUCCCCACCGGCCCUGCCGCUGCCCUGGAUCUACAGGAGGUAGAGAGCCGGGUGGAUGGCUUCAAGAGCUUCACCAAGAAGAUGGAUGAGAGCACCAUGCAGCUCACCCACACCGCCAAUGAGUUUGCCCGUAAGCAGGUCACUGGUUUUAAGAAGGAGUACCAGAAGGUGGGGCACUCCUUCAAGGGACUCAGCCAGGCCUUCGAGCUGGACCAGCAGGCCUUUUCUGCCAACCUCAACCAAGCCCUUGCCUUCACGGGGGAAGCUUACGACGCCAUUGGGGAAUUCUUUGCAGAGCAGCCCCGACAGGACCUUGACCCUGUGAUGGAUUUGUUAGCACUAUAUCAGGGGCAUCUGGCCAACUUCCCAGACAUCAUCCAUGUCCAGAAAGGAGCCCUUACCAAAGUAAAGGAGAGUAAGCGGCAUGUGGAAGAAGGGAAGAUGGAGGUCCAGAAGGCUGAUGGUAUUCAAGAUCGCUGUAACAUUAUUUCUUUUGCCACCUUGGCAGAAAUUCAUCAUUUCCACCAAAUUCGAGUGAGGGACUUUAAGUCACAAAUGCAACAUUUCUUAAAACAGCAAAUACUUUUUUUCCAAAAAGUGACGCAAAAGUUAGAAGAAGCUCUUCACAAAUAUGACAGUGUUUAAUCUCCUAACUUAGAAUUGUGGACUGUUCAGAGUAUGAGAGGGAUUUAAGCAGCAGAGUAAAAAUCACUGUUAUGGAGGAACUGUUGCCAACUGUUGGUGGUACAAGAAUGGUUUUGUGUUCAUCUGGAGUCCCAGCUGAAUCUCUAAUUAAGUAAGAAGGAAAUGGUUAAUAUGGCUAUGUAAUAGAAACAGUACCACACAUUGUAACUAAAUUAUACUGUUUAUGCCUACACUACCAUUGUAACUUUUUUGAAAUAAUGAUUAUACUAUUUGCCUUAUUGCUUUUUGAAGUAUGAUAUUUUAGUGCAUACUUUGUAGACCUCAAAAACCUUUUGGGUCUUUAAGCUGGCUAGAUAAAAGCCUGCUUCAGAUGCCUUUUUAUUCUCCUAGAUUUGGAUUUCCUAAAUUCAACCAAUUCUCUGUUUACAAACGCCUACUAGAGCAGCUAUGCGACUUUGUGCCUUUAGACUUUUCCUUUUCUAGUAAGCCACAUUUUUAUGACUGAAUGAAGGGUUGGUGCCUGUGACAGGAAUGGAUUAUGAAAUCUCAUAUUGACUGAAAUAAUCAGCUGCCACCAUCUAAUUGGCACAGCAAGUAUUGUCCUGUGAUAAAUGUUGGCUCAAAAAGCAGGAUUUAAAAUCAAUUCACACUUUCUUAGAAUUGAAAAUGAAGACUAUUUAUUACAUUUGCCAGAACCUUAAACAUACAAGUGAAGAGUACAGCACCACUGUAUUCCCUUUCUUACCAUGAUUACAUAGUGAGGGGUUUUAUGUUAGAAUACAUUAUUGUGAGGAGAGACUUGGAGAACUAAUCUAAUAGAAGCAGAGGAAUGAAAUGUGUCAAGGGACCCUGUAUACAGGCGAAGUGACUAACACUUGUUUGUGUACUUGAUAGCUGGAGAUAAUUGCUCAUUGUUUGGCUAUUGGUUCAGUGUAAAUUCAAAUACAGACCUACAUGGUCAAUUGAGACUCCACUGUGAUUCACUGGUUUACUAGGUCACAAAUUUUCAGGGAUGUUCAAUGGUAUAAAUGGUUUGAAAGCAGUCUUGGCUGAACUGACUAGGAAACAGGAAGCAUUUCUUAUAUUUAUAACACCCAGUUAGAACUUAACUAAACUAUUGUCUUGCUUUUUUGUAUAUGGAUUUUUGCAAAGUUGAUUGUGUGUGUAUACACACAAACAGUGUCUCAAAAUAACAGUUAUCUGAUCUUAACCAAGGAAAUCAGUCUAAACUUUAUCCUUAACCUACCAGUUCACUUUCUGAAGGUCACUACGAGAAAGUUUGUCUCCUUCCUAUAAACAAGAACCAAGGAAACUGAAUUUAAUUUACACACACACACACACACACACACACACACACACACAAAGAGCUAGCUUAAAACAAACAAAAGCCAGGAAACUAGGCAGUUGGGAUAUCGUUCAGAUGGCGUACAAAAUAUUAACCACCUAUACCUUAGAAAUCCAGCAGUUAUCUGACUGGAUCGUGCCAACUGUAAUAGGUUAAAAACCCCACUGCUGUUAGAUGGAGGAAAAAAAAAAAAAAAAAAAAGCAAGCAGCCACAUUUUCACAAGAUUUUUGGAUUGCCCUGCGCUGAUGGUUAGUCAACAAAGCUAUUUCAGGAAGAGGUUUGCUGACAGCAGUGAUACUGAUAAACAAAGAAAAAAACAACACUUUGUUAAAAUAAAAGGACAACCAAUAAGGAAAGAAACUGUUUACAAGAGAAUUGCAAACAAUGUUGAGGAAAUAAAAGUACUUGACAUUGUCAUAAUGCUGACUCACCAUCCUUAACCUUCCUCAUAGUACCUCAUUGUAGGGGUAGUGGUCUCCGAACAAUAGCUGAUCUUAUUCCCAGAUAUGGUUUACUACAUACUUAAGAGAGUGAUGGGUUAGGUUUGGAGUUUCAGCUUGUGCUUGGUUAAGCCAGAUACUGUUUUAAUAAAUAUUUAUGUGGUAAUUAUAUGAGGCUGUAAUCAAAUUCAUUCAGCUUGAGCAGUUAAAAGACUUCAGAAAAUUACCUUGAUCCAAUUAAAGAUUUUAGGAACUUAACAGUACUGAAAUGUUCAUAUCCAAGAGAAAAUGAAGCUGUUAUGUUAUAUACAGUACAACAUUAUCAGAAUGGUACAGUUUCCACAAAUAAACUGUCAUGCCCUUCCUCUCA